CAAUCCCGCGAAAUCGGCCAAAUUAACGGCAAUUCCCCCCACUUUCACAUCAUCGUCAUCAUCAUCAUCGGCGUCGUCGUCUUCUCUCUUGAAUCCAAACACGAGAUCGUCAGAUCUCUCUCUGUCUCUCAACCCGCGAAGAAGACGGAAGAAUGGGUUCUCUCCCUCUUCUCUCUUCCGUAGACCUCCCUACGUCAACCCCAGAUUCUCCCCCAGAUCAAGCAAAGGCCACCGCCACCGCCACCGCCAUCGACGAACCCACCCUCCUCAAGCUCUUCAAAUCCCAGCAGAGCCACCUCAACUUCUUCUUCCAGCACCUCGACCUCCCUCAGACCCUCCGCUUCACCCAGACCCUCCUCCUCAAAUCCUCCUCCCCCGCCGGCGGCACCAUCUUCUUCACCGGCGUCGGCAAGUCCGGCUUCGUCGCCCACAAGAUCUCCCAGACCCUCGUCUCCCUCGGCAUCCGGUCCGGGUUCCUCUCCCCCGUCGACGCCCUCCACGGCGACAUCGGCAUUCUCGCCGACCGCGACGUCCUCGUGCUGUUCAGCAAAUCGGGCAACACCGAGGAGCUCCUGCGCCUGGUGCCCUGUGCCCGGGCGAAAGGCUCCUUCUUGAUCUCGGUCACGUCCAGUGAGGAUAAUUUGUUGAAGCGUUGUUGCGAUAUGAAUGUGUAUUUGCCUCUGGAGAGGGAGCUCUGCCCCUUCGACCUCGCCCCGGUCACCUCGACCGCGAUCCAGAUGGUUUUUGGGGAUACCGUUGCGAUCGCCUUGAUGGGCGCGAGGAAUUUGAGUAAGGAGGCUUACGCUGCGAACCACCCUGCUGGGAGGAUCGGCAAGACUCUCAUUUUCAAGGUAAAAGAUUUGAUGAAGAAGCAAAAUGAACUACCUGUCUGUAGGGAAGGAGAUCUGAUAAUGGAUCAGCUUGUGGAGCUAACAAGUAAAGGAUGUGGGUGCCUUCUUGUCAUAGACGAAGGGUGCCACCUGAUUGGAACUUUUACGGAUGGGGAUCUCCGACGCACUCUGAAGGCUAGUGGAGAGGGAAUCUUCAAGCUCACAGUGGGCGAAAUGUGCAACAGGAACCCGAGAACCAUAGGCCCAGAAGCGAUGGCAGUGGAAGCUAUGGAGAAGAUGGAAUCUCCACCAUCACCAGUACAGUUUUUGCCCGUCAUUGAUCACCAAAAUGUAGUGAUCGGCAUUGUCACAUUGCAUGGACUGGUCUCUGCAGGCCUCUGAUUUGCAUUAUUUGGUUUAGAUUCGAUUCUAUUUUUUUAGCAGGAGGAGAGAGGCUGCACUUCUCCUGUGGAUGAGAUCAUUUGUAUUUAAACAGCUGGGUUAUUUGUUAGGUGUACUGUACUGUAAAAUACCUGCACACCCCCGUUGCUAGAGCUCGCGUACAAUUUGUAGCAGAGAUUCAGCGCAAACACAAACGCAAUCUAUGGUGGAAACGCGCUCAGAUGUGGAUGUUUCUCUUUUUGUUCUUGCCAUUA